GUACGAACAGUUGAAUGCUUUGCGCGUUCGCUGACAGCGUACCUUUCGCGACGUUGCCAGUUCGCCGCGAAACAGGAGAUCGCGAAGAAUCCCGUUUUGAUCACCAAAGAACAAAAACUGGCGACCAAUCUUGCUAUUAUGGCUGUUCCAAACUGCAACACCGAGACCACGGUUCAGGGUGAAAUGAGCCUUGUUAUUUGAGAUUCAGAGUACAGUUCUGCGUGCAGAACGGAACAAGAAGGCAUGUUGAAGGAACGAGAGAGUUCGGAAGAUUCCCCCGCAGCCCCUGAUGAGUGUGCAGGGUGCGGGGGACGGAUUCAGGACAGAUAUUAUCUGCUAGCAGUAGACCGGCAGUGGCAUGGCAGUUGCCUCCGGUGCUGUGAAUGUCGACUGCCACUCGACACCGAGCUCACCUGUUUCUCCAGAGACGGCAAUAUCUACUGCAAAGAAGACUACUACAGACUAUUUUGCGUGAAGCGGUGCGCUCGAUGUGGGAACGGGAUCACUGCUAAUGAGCUGGUGAUGCGUGCUAGAGAUCUCGUCUAUCACCUGACCUGCUUCACUUGUGUCUCCUGUGGAACUCAGCUAUCUAAAGGAGACGUCUUCGGCAUGAGGGAUGGCCUCGUCUACUGUCGUCCCCACUACGAUAAUGCGUGCCUCGAUGACUAUUGUGAUGAGGAUAUGACCAGCAUUUACAGGUGCCAAGAUCUGCAUAGCGAGGGUGAUUCUCCAUCACAGUACUUCAAUGGAGGUCCCACUCAAAAGGGGCGACCCCGAAAGAGGAAGAUAGCUCAAGGCUCCCCAGAUGACAUGCAAGUCCAGACGAUGAGGAUGGCCAGUACAGCUCUAGAGAUACUCCACCGCGGUGAUCUCUCGUCUUCAAUGGAGUCAUUGGCCUACGACUCAUCAGUUGCUUCGCCUGGUAGCGUAUCCAGUCACACACAGCGUACCAAACGGAUGCGUACCAGCUUCAAGCACCACCAGUUAAGGACCAUGAAGUCCUACUUCGCAAUCAACCAAAACCCUGAUGCUAAGGAUUUGAAGCAACUCGCUCAGAAGACUGGCCUCUCCAAACGUGUUCUGCAAGUCUGGUUCCAAAACGCCCGAGCAAAAUGGCGUCGUAACAUGAUGCGUCAGGAAUCAACUAACGGUGGUCCAGGCCACUCCAACGGGUCCAUCAUCCAAGGAGCAGUCUCCCAACCAAACCCUGGACCCAGUACCAUGCUGAUAUCAGAACCAAUGCCACCAAUGGAAGACAUGAGGGUCCACACACCACAUCCUCACCCAAUGACUUUCAACGAGCUAUAUUGACAAAUCCAGAAUGAAUACCUUCAAGCGGUGGGUGGACAGAACGAGGUAUAAUCGUGUAUAAAGAAAGUAAAAUUAAGUGUUGGAAUGGGAAUUGAUGCAAUAGAUAAAAUGUGUAGGGUGUGGAAGGUAUUUAAAAAUAACAUAAGAUGUAUAAAACGACGAAAAGGAUCUUUAAUUUUUUUUAUUCUGAUUGCCGUCUUCGUAUUGUUUAAAGACAGGCACACAUGUGACAACAAAAUUAAAACUGUAUGAUAACUUAUAGUGUUGAUUCGGACUUAUAUCAUGAAGGAUAUAUUGUGUAAUCGCCUUUAGUCCCUAAUAUUCAAUUAGACAGACGAUUAGACGAUUACAAAUUCAUCACAAAACUUAAACCAGGAAAGGUUUAGAUCAAGACUUUAGGUCUCAUCUCUUCAAGUUUAUUGAAGACUAGUGUCUGAAAAUUAAACUAGACUGUACUUGUACAGCACAUUUUGUAGUAAAUAAAGGAUGAAUAGAUUUUGUGAACUAUCUAGUUUAUAAAAUUAGAUCUCUAUUUAAUUGACUCUUCAACUACAAUAUCAAGUCAACGCAUUAAGUAUUUUCCUAUCUAUCUCUAUAAAAUUAUUUUUAUAGGAGUGUGUAUAACCUCAACAUUAUUUAGAACUUAAAUACUUUAGUCUUUAAUCAUAGUUCCUAAUAAAUAUUUUGUAGUAACAUUAAUAUUACUUAACUUGAGUUAGGCGAGUUGUAUUCACUCAUAGUCAUUCUCAUCAUGAUAGUCCUAUAAUAUUGUAAAUAUUAGAACUUGUUUAAAGAAGUUCAUAGACAACGCUUACGUUGAGUUUUGUCGUUUGAUUGAGGCUACCGGAGGCCCGAUCACCCC